UGAAGAAAAAUGGAUGAGAAGGAAGUGAAAAAUUGUCUCCUGUUGCUCUUCGAUAGGCCACAGGAGCCUGUGUUUGUUGGUAAAGGCAAAAGGAAGAAAGUUGUGUUUGAUGUGCCGCAAAAGUACCUUUCGGAUCAGUACCGUCCUCUUGGUGCUGAAUUACAAAAUCGUUUUGGUGAAAUGGCUGAUGAUCGUAUACCCGUGAAGAAUAUUUCUCUGCCUGACUUGAAAUUUCCAAUGGGCCUUAAGCGCCAUGAGCAAUUCUCCCUUUUCAUUCCCUAUCACGUUAAGAUGGCUGCACGUUUAAUUGAUAUUUUUAUGGGAAUGCGCAACGUGGAUGAAUUGCUAAGUGUUGCCGUUUAUGCGAGAGAUCGCUUGAAUCCAUACCUAUUCAACUAUGCUCUAUCUGUGGCUCUUCUUCAUCGUGAAGACACCCAAGAUGUCCCAAUUCCAAACUACGUUGAAACAUUUCCCGAUAAGUUUGUGGAUAGUGCCGUUUUCGUUGCAUGCCGCGAGGAAGCAGCCAUUGUUCCUGAAGACUCUCGCAGAUUUAUCAUAAUCCCACGCGAUUAUACGGCAUCGGAUCUAGAUCCCGAGCAUCGUCUUUGGUACUUUCGUGAAGACAUUGGAGUGAAUCUACAUCAUUGGCAUUGGCACUUGGUGUAUCCAUUUGAUGCUAGUAACCCUGCAAUCGUUAAGAAGGAUAGACGUGGUGAAUUAUUCUACUUUAUGCACCAACAAAUUGUUGCACGAUACAAUUUCGAGAGAUUCUCCAAUAGCUUGAGACGCGUGAGGAGAUUCAACAACUUGCGGGAACCCAUGGAGGAGGGAUACUUCCCAAAGUUGGACUCUCUCGUGGCAAGUAGAACAUGGCCUGGUCGUGCUGCAUUUUUAAAAAUCAGAGAUAUUAUUCGCGAUCGUGAUCGCCUAAGGAUAGACGUGAACACACUCGAACGUUGGCGUGAUCGUUUAUUCGAAGCCAUCCAUCAGGACUAUGUGAUUACUGAUACAGGCGAGAAGAUUAUGCUUAAUAACAUAAAAGGAAUUGAUAUCCUUGGUAAUAUGAUCGAAGCAAGUAUCCUCUCACCUAAUUAUCAAUUCUAUGGGAAUUUCCACAACAUGGGUCAUGUCUUCAUAAGCUAUGCGCACGAUCCCGAUCAUCGACAUUUGGAAUCAUUCGGUGUUAUGGGUGAUACAACAACAUCAAUGCGUGAUCCAAUCUUCUAUCCUUUCCAUGCGUACGUUGAUGAUAUUUUCACGGAGCAUAAAAUGCGACUUCCGCCCUACACGGCGGAAGAACUCACGUAUCCAAAUAUUAAAAUUACCAACUGUCGCGUUCAGAUCGACAACACCGGGGAGACAAAUGCAUUCCGUACACGCUUCCAGGAGAGUGCAGUCAAUUUAACACGUGGCUUGGAUUUUGCUGCACAAGGGGAUGUCUUUGCAAAAUUUACUCAUUUGAAUUACGAUAAGUUUACGUACAUCAUUAAUGUGACGAAUUCCGGUAAGACUAAUGCUCUCUGUACUGCGCGCAUAUUUUUGGGACCUAAGUAUGAUGAACGUGAAACUGAAAUGGUCUUUACUGAUCAGCGUCGUAUGAUGAUUGAGCUAGAUCGUUUCGUUAUUUCCUGUCGUCCUGGUGCUAAUACAAUUCGCCGUCGUUCGACGGAAUCCAACUUGACGAUUCCCUUUGAAAGGACUUUCCAAGAUUUAGACGCAACCCCUCCAGCGGGUACAGAUGCACAGCAACAAUUCACAUUCUGCGGAUGCGGUUGGCCACAGCAUAUGCUCAUCCCAAAGGGUACCCCUCAGGGACUUGCGUGUCAGCUGUUUGUAAUGCUGAGUAACUACUUGGAUGAUCGUGUGGAGCAGGAUCUUGUGGGCACGUGCAAUGAUGCCUUUGAAUUCUGUGGCGUACGGAAUCGUCGCUACCCGGAUCGUAAACCAAUGGGGUACCCCUUUGAUCGUCUUCCACGCGAUGGUGUUGAUGAUCUCAAUGGGUUCCUCACGCCCAAUAUGACCGUAACUGAUUGCUUCAUUUACAACAAUGACACCUACCCAAAUUCAGAUGCAGGAAAAACGAUUUAA